GUGCAACUUACCGGAUCAUGUGACCAACCGGAGGAGUGAAGGGAAGGAUCCGAUAUCGGCUUUCAGCUGUCUCUUUCACCCUGAAGACGCCGGAGAAGGAGGACCAAAAUGUGCACCAGCGUCCAGCCUGUUGAAUGGACCACCGACCUCAAGAAUCAGAACUUUGAUGGCAUCGUGUUGGUGACCCAGAGCCAUGACACACUGACAUCCGAGCUUGAGUACCUGAAAGCACCACUGCAGGACUACAGCUCUGUUGACAGUGGUCUGGGGGAGGAGGUGGUGAUCCUGAGGGUCCCCGGUCUCCCUGGCAACCGCCUGGUGUUUGCCUCCACCGGCCCGGUAAACCGUGACUAUGAUGAUGUCAGACGCUUCAGCGAUGCAGCAGCCAACGGCAUCAAACGGGCGUUGAAAGCUGGCAUGCAACGCCCCCUGCUGGUCUGCCCUCCACACAGGGAUUAUAAGAACAGCACCAUGGUGGCUGCCCUCGGGGCCCUUCAGGCUCUCUACAUGCCGCUGGAAGUGAGGGAGGCGAACAUUAAACCCACCGACUACAAGGCAUGUGUGCUGGGGCUGUGGACACCUCAGCAGGAGGAGGGAAAGAGACUGGUGGAGCUGGCUGAGGCCCUGGAGAGUGGCAGACUGGCCUGUCGGGACAUUGGAGGCUCAGACCCAGAACGUAUGGCUGCGCCCCGUGUGGCUGAGUAUGUCCAGGAACUCUUCAAGGACAGCCCUGUGCAGGUCGAAGUGGUGAGCGACGUGAAGGUUCUAGAGAAAGAGUAUCCCUGUCUGGCAGCAGUCAACCGCUGUGCAAACAGUGUACCUCGUCACCAGGCCAGAGUAAUCCGGCUGCAGUACUGUGGAGAGGGACCUAUCCAGAAGACACUCAUGUUGGUGGGAAAGGGCAUCACCUACGACACUGGUGGAGCAGACAUCAAGGCUGGUGGCUUCAUGGCUGGGAUGCACAGGGACAAGUGUGGAGCUGCUGCUGUGGCUGGAUUCUUCCAGAUUGUGGCCAAGCUGAAGCCAAAACAUUUGAAGGUUGUCGGCACCAUGGCCAUGGUGAGGAACAGUGUCGGUGCAGACUGCUAUGUGGCCGAUGAGCUGGUGCUUUCUCGUGCGGGUCGCAGAGUGAGAGUGGGAAACACAGACGCUGAAGGACGUAUGGUGAUGGUGGACCUGCUGUGUGAGAUGAAGGAGAAGGCGGUUCGUGAGAUUUCUCCUCAGCUGUUCACUAUCGCCACUCUGACCGGUCAUGCAAUCAGAGCCAUGGGACCGAACUACUCUAUCAUCAUGGAUAAUGGACCGGCCCAUCGCAACAAAAAUGCUGCUCAGUGGCAGAAAGCUGGAGAGGUGUUGGGCGAUGUGUUCGAGGUUUCCACCAUCAGACGAGAGGACUAUGAGUUCCACAAGGGCAAGUCUGAGUACGAGGAUAUCCUGCAGUGCAACAACCUGCCGUCCUCAGCUACACCUCGAGGACAUCAGACCCCUGCAGCCUUCCUCAUCAUGGCCUCAGGCCUCGACAAGCAUGGUGUGGAUUCUGACAAGCCUCUGCCAUACUCCCACAUUGACAUCGCUGGGUCCAGUGGUCCUUUCCCCGGUGUCCCAACAGGAGCUCCCAUCCUUGCCAUGGCAACCAACUACAUCUUACCUGAUGGUCUCUAAACAGAUACCUCCAGUACAAAAAAAUUGCAAUCUCCAAACUCCAUCCUAAUGCACACUUGUGACCGUCCAAAUAUAAAUGAAAUCCCUGUCCCAACACAUAAUGCAAAAUGUGCUUCGUGUUCCACGUCUGACAUUCCUUAACACCUCAGAGUGGUUUACAGCAACAAUGUUCUUUACUGUUUUUUAAAAAUCUUGUGAGAUCAAUCCACGCCAAGUGUCAAUUGACCCUGUUCUUAAGUGGCCUGAAUCAAUAUAUACUCAGGGGUUUAACAGCAGUAUAAAAAUACUAUCCAUUUUAUAUUUGUGUCUGUAUGUGUGCGACUAACCAGGACAUGGUUGUGUGACAUUGUGUGUGUGAGUCAAACCAAGCACUCUGCACUGAUCAAUAAAACAAAAUUCAAAUUA